AUGUCUCCCAUCACUACUCCUCCCGACCGUACCCUCAGGAACAAAAUCAUCGAUAACGGCACCGUCAUACUCACAGAGCUCCUUGGCGCAGGUUCCUUCGGGUCGGUAUAUCGCGCACACGAUAUCAUCCACCCCUCGACAGUCUACGCUGUCAAGGCCCUCAAGAAAGCUCCGCCCAAACCCGAGCCUGGGCGUGAGCCGCACUCCACCCCUACGCGCGAUGCUCGCUACGACGAGGAGAUCCACCUCCACAAGAAGGUUUCCGGACAUCCUAACAUCGUAACGGUCCAUCGCGUCGUCGAAGAAGACGACUUCAUCUUCGUCUUGAUGGACCUCGUCGACACUGGGGACCUAUCGGCUGCGAUCGGGAAGCGGUGUAUAUACUACAAGCAGGAAUCGCUCUUGAAAAAGGCGUUCUUGCAAGUCAUGGAUGCUGUGGAAGCCUGCCACGCGGCUGGGAUCUCGCAUCGAGACGUGAAGCCGGAUAAUGUCCUGGUUUCGCCGGACGGUGCACAGGUCUGGUUGACCGAUUUCGGGACUGCGACGCGCCGGAAGGGGAGUAAGGACUUCGCUGGGACACCGGGGUACAGACCUCCGGAAUCCCUCUCAUUGCGGACUAACGAUCCUCGGGGUGCCCGUAUUGGAGGCAAACAACACACUCAUUGUGUCAACGACCGUUGGGCACUAGGCAUUUUACUCCUUGUGAUGAUCACCUGCUCCAGCCCUUGGAAGUAUGCUCUCACCACCGCCGAUCUCAACUACCUCCACUUCCGCAACGACCCAGAUUACCUCCGCAACACCUACCCCAUCUCCCCCGAAGCCAACGCCCUCAUCCGUCGCAUCCUCGACUGGGAUCCCGCAAAACGUCUCUCGAUGGACCAAAUGCGUAAAGAAGUGAAGAAAAUCGACACCUUCUGGUUGACG